GCGGGGAGGGCGCUCCGGGCGCGGUGCCGUCCCCUCSGCUGUCCCCGGCGCUCCGCGGCUGCACCGCCACCGUUCCGGGCUCUCUGUACGCGCACGGCGGCACCUGAAGCGGACGGUGAUCGGAGCUCUUCCAAAUCCCAUUCCCGGGGAACCCCCGGGCACUGAGGGGGCUGCCGGUAGGGAUUUUAGUGGAGACCGUGAUCUGUCGCGAUGAGUUUUCUGCUGCCCAAACUGACCUGUAAGAGGGAAGUGGAUCAGGCAAUAAAAAGCGUGGCUGAGAAGGUUUUGGUUCUCCGUUUUGGAAGGGAUAAUGAUGCUGUUUGUCUGCAGCUCGAUGAUAUUCUUGCAAAAACAGCCCAUGACCUAAGUAAAAUGGCAGUCAUUUACUUGGUGGAUGUGAACAAUGUCCCAGUGUACACCCAGUAUUUUGACAUCAGUUAUAUUCCAUCUACUGUAUUUUUCUUCAAUGGACAACAYAUGAAGGUUGAUUAUGGGUCUCCAGAUCACACCAAAUUUGUAGGAAGCUUCAAAACAAAGCAAGACUUUAUAGAUCUGAUUGAAGUGAUCUACCGCGGAGCAAUGCGGGGAAAGCUSAUUGUGAGAAGUCCAAUUGAUCCCAAAAACAUUCCUAAAUAUGACCUUCUCUACCAAGGAAUUUAGUGGGAUGACCUGUGAAAAGAAUGACACAAAUGGACAAUGUUCUAGAUMUCUUUUUUCCUUUGGGCACUUUUAGCCACCUCUGACACCAUGGGACAGUUUGAGCAUUUAUCCUGAAGGAUCAUAUUGGUCUCCUUCUGAAGACAGACAUUCUGUCACCUCAUGCUUCUCUCAUAAAUAAAGCUACAUGUUCAUGCA